UUGGCGUGAUUCUCAAGCGAAAUUUCCGUAAUUCACCACACAAAUUCUUAAAGAAAAAGAAAAAGAAAAAACUCACAGAUUCUGAUUUGACUUUUGAAACCCCAACCCCAACCCCAACCCCCAUCAUCAUCUCCCAAUUUAAUUUCCCCUCGAUAUUUAUCCAAAUUCAGAAACAUAAUCUUGACAAUUUUAUGCUCCAUUCUUCCAAUCUCAGCCGUACGUUUCGUUCAACCUCCGAUUCUCCCCCACUGCUCCUUCCACUACCUUUUUCUUUCUAUUAAACUCUCCUCUUACACGCUUCUUCUCUUUCUCUCUUUCUGUCUGCGCUACGAUCGCCCAUUUCCGAUUUACGUUUCAGGGCUCCAACACCUGUUCUUGGGUUUCUUUACUUUCUUCUUAUACACAGCCAUGUCCGGGGGUAUUGCACGCGGUCGCCUUGCGGAGGAGCGGAAGUCCUGGCGAAAGAAUCAUCCCCAUGGUUUUGUUGCCAAACCGGAGACGAUGCCUGAUGGGACUGUGAAUUUGAUGAUUUGGCAUUGCAUUAUUCCUGGGAAAGUUGGGACAGACUGGGAGGGUGGUUUCUUCCCCCUUACACUCAAUUUCAGUGAAGACUACCCAAGUAAGCCACCAAAGUGUAGAUUUCCUCAGGGCUUCUUCCAUCCUAACGUGUACCCAUCAGGAACUGUCUGUCUAUCGAUUCUCAAUGAAGAUAGUGGGUGGAGACCAGCCAUAACAGUUAAACAAAUUCUUGUUGGAAUCCAGGAUUUGCUGGAUCAACCAAACCCUGCUGAUCCUGCUCAGACAGAGGGGUAUCAUCUCUUCAUCCAGGAUGCCGUUGAGUACAAGAAGAGGGUUCGCCAACAAGCCAAGCAGUAUCCACCUUUGGUGUAAGCUGAUUGUGGUUGCCAUUAAACUUCUUGAGUACUAUGAUGAUAUUAGCAGCCAGUUGCCACUGAUUGAAUCAACAUUUUAAAACUGACUCGUUUUAUAGAUCGUUGGUAUGUGGUGCACAUUUCAACUGUCAUGAUAAUCUCUGAAACUUUAGUGUUUCCCAGAUAUGGAACCAACUUAUGUCAAUAUUUAUAUUGGUAGACAUGUCAACAGCCUGGUGCUGCAUUGUGUUCAUAUUGUGAACUUGUGGUUUCUUGCUCUAAAAAGUGUAUGAAAGAAAAGGUUUUUUUCUUAACGUAUGGAUCAACUGCUACUUGCUUUUAUAAAGAAUGCCUUUUUUAUGUA